CGCCAUCCAAAUAGAACUCUGCUCAGUAUAUUGUUUAUGUCGUGCCAAGCCGGGACAGAUUGAAGACGGCAAGAACGACCUGAAACGGCGCUUCGGUUCGCGGGGAGUAAAAGUCGUCGCUUCCAUUCCGGUCGCCAAGGAGAGAGAGAGAGAAAGAAAAAGGAAAGAGCGCGGGGAGGGGGGACCACAGAGAAAGAAACGCCAGCCACCAACUUAUCUCCCCCUUUCCCCCCCCUUUUCUCUGACAUUUCCCGUCGUUUAUUUUUAGCCCCGUUUGGUUAGAAGCUGGUUUUGUACCCCAAAUUGUUUUAAUGUUUGGGAUUCAGGAAAAUAUACCACGAGGUGGGACGACCAUGAAAGAAGAACCGCUGGGCAGUGGAAUGAACCCAGUCCGAUCAUGGAUGCAUACUGCUGGGGUAGUGGAUGCUAACACAGCCGCGCAAAGCGGUGUUGGGUUGGCUCGGGCACAUUUCGAGAAACAGCCGCCUUCCAAUCUCAGAAAAUCCAAUUUUUUCCACUUCGUCUUAGCUCUGUACGACAGGCAGGGACAGCCAGUGGAGAUUGAAAGGACAGCUUUUGUGGACUUUGUGGAAAAAGAGAAAGAGCCAAACAAUGAAAAAACUAACAAUGGGAUUCACUAUAAACUCCAGUUAUUGUAUAGUAAUGGGGUUAGAACGGAACAGGAUUUGUACGUUCGGCUAAUAGAUUCUAUGACAAAACAGGCGAUUGUCUAUGAAGGACAAGAUAAAAACCCCGAAAUGUGUCGAGUGCUCCUGACCCACGAAAUCAUGUGCAGCCGGUGCUGUGACAAGAAAAGUUGUGGCAACAGAAAUGAAACACCUUCAGAUCCUGUUAUCAUUGACAGAUUUUUUCUAAAGUUUUUCCUCAAGUGCAAUCAAAACUGUUUGAAGAAUGCAGGAAACCCACGAGAUAUGCGAAGAUUCCAGGUUGUUGUAUCAACAACAGUCAAUGUGGAUGGCCAUGUUCUGGCUGUCUCAGACAACAUGUUUGUACACAACAACUCCAAACAUGGAAGGCGGGCUCGCCGCCUUGACCCCUCAGAAGCUACCCCUUGUAUAAAGGCAAUUAGCCCCAGUGAAGGUUGGACAACUGGUGGAGCGACAGUCAUCAUAAUCGGCGACAACUUCUUUGAUGGCUUGCAAGUUGUUUUCGGGACUAUGUUAGUGUGGAGUGAGCUGAUAACACCCCAUGCCAUCAGAGUUCAAACUCCACCACGGCACAUUCCUGGAGUUGUUGAAGUAACCCUCUCCUACAAGUCCAAACAGUUCUGUAAAGGUGCUCCUGGACGGUUUGUCUAUACCGACUACAUCAUUAAACCUCAAGCACUGAUUUCACUAAUUCAGCACCAGAGCUACAUGCUACAGCAGCAAACACCUUUUCUAGAAGUAUUACUUAAAAGAGCAGCUGACCUUGUUGAAGCGCUGUAUGGCAUGCCCCACAACAAUCAGGAAAUAAUCCUGAAACGAGCAGCUGAUAUUGCAGAAGCAUUAUAUAGUGUGCCACGUAACCACAAUCAGAUUCCUACACUUGCCAACACUCCAGCUCAUACUGGUAUGAUGGGAGUAAAUUCAUUUAGCAGCCAGCUAGCAGUUAAUGUUUCAGAAACAUCACAGGCUAACGACCAAGUAGGUUACAGUCGCAACACAAGCAGUGUUUCCCCGCGAGGAUACGUCCCGAGCAGUACUCCUCAACAGUCCAAUUACAACACAGUCAGCAAUAGUAUGAAUGGAUACGGCAAUGCCAGCAUGCCCAACCUUGGUGUACCUGGUUCCCCUGGAUUUCUUAAUGGCUCGACUGCGAACUCCCCUUACGGCAUGAAACAAAAGAGCGCCUUUGCUCCUGUGGUCAGGCCCCAAGCUUCUCCUCCGCCAUCUUGCACCAGCGCAAAUGGAAAUGGGCUUCAAGGAGUCUCUGGAAAUUUACCAGUGCCUCAGCCCUUUCUUCCUCCCUCCUGGCUGUAAUUUUAAAUCCCCAAACC